UAUAUAUUCCGUUCUUAACCUUUAACCAGUACUCUCGCAGAACUAGGGUUUUUGGUAUUCAUAGCGUGUGCGUCUUCCCUACCCGCGGUUUCAUUCCACCUCUGAAACAACAUGGCUACACAGAUGAGCAAAAAGCGAAAGUUCGUCGCUGACGGAGUUUUUUUCGCUGAAUUGAAUGAGGUUUUGACAAGAGAACUUGCUGAGGAUGGUUAUUCUGGUGUAGAGGUUAGGGUUACCCCGAUGCGCACCGAAAUCAUCAUCAGAGCUACUCGUACCCAAGCUGUUCUUGGUGAGAAGGGAAGGAGGAUUAGAGAACUUACCUCAGUGGUACAGAAGAGGUUUAAGUUUCCUGAGAACAGUGUUGAGCUUUAUGCUGAGAAAGUUAACAACAGAGGACUUUGUGCAAUUGCUCAGGCUGAGUCUCUUCGCUACAAGCUCCUCGGUGGUCUUGCUGUUCGCAGGUAUAUAAAUGACACAUUUACCUGUUUGAAAUCAAUCUCUUAAUUAUAAUUUAGUUUU